AUGGGCACGGUGCUGCAGCGCCUCCAGCGCCUCCUCGACCGCCCCGGGCCGCUCGCAGACCUCCUGGGCCGCCUGGAGGCCCGCACCGGAGUCCGGCGGCUCUACCUGGCCUCAGGCUCCGCGGCGUUCCUGGGGCUCUACCUGGCCUUCGGCUACGGCGCCUCGCUGCUCUGCAACCUCAUCGGCUUCGUCUACCCCGCGUAUGUCUCCAUCAAAGCCAUCGAGAGCUCCAGCAAGGAGGACGACACCACGUGGCUGACGUACUGGGUGGUGUACGGCGUCUUCAGCGUGGCCGAGUUCUUCUCCGACACCUUCCUCUACUGGUUCCCCUUCUACUACGUCGGGAAGUGCCUGUUCCUGGUGUGGUGCAUGGCCCCCGUGUCCUGGAACGGCUCGCAGGUGCUGUACCACAACGUCAUCCGGCCCUGCUUCCUCAAGCACCACCAGGCGGUGGACUCCGUGCUCGGCGACCUCAGCACCAAGGCGCUGGAUGCGGCCUCCACCGUCACCCGAGAAGUCCUGCAGACGCUGCUCAGCAGCAGAGCCCGGCUGGCGGCCGAGGUGGCCCCGCAGCUCAGCCUGUCCGUACCCUCCAGGGCAGCCGUGAAGCUGGCACGGGACGCGAAGAGCAACUGA